AUGGGUGUAGAAGAGCAGAAAGAAGAGCUCGAGAUCCUCGAAUCCAUAUACCCGGACGAAAUCACAAAUAUCUCUGACACUGAAUUCCGGAUAGAAAUACAGCUCGAAGUUACGAAUGAUGAAGGAGAUGACUCUGAAGCGCCAACAAUCAUCCUCAACGUCCGCUUCACCCCAAACUACCCCGACGAAGCCCCCGAUCUCGACAUAACGCAACCCCCCAACGCUCCCAAACACCCCUACCUCGAUAUCCAAGACGACAAGUCCGUCCUCCUCUCCUCCCUCACCGACACCAUGAAUGACAACCUCGGCAUGCAAAUGAUCUUCACACUAGUCACCACGCUCAAAGAUUCCGCCGAGCUGCUCAUCACAGAGAGACAAGGCGCGAAAGCGGCGCUUGAGGCGAUAGAAGCGCAGAAGGCCGAGGAGGAAGAGAAUAGGAAGUUUAUGGGUGAGGCGGUCACGAGAGAGAGCUUUUUGAAGUGGAGGGACGAGUUUCGGAGGGAAUUGGCGGAGGAGGAGCAAAGGAGGAAGGAGGAGCAGGAGGUGGAGGAUAAGAAGAAGGGGAGGAAGGAAGAGAAGAAGUUGACGGGGAGGCAGCUGUGGGAGCAAGGCCUUGUCGGCAAGCUGGACGAAGACGAGGGCGAAGAUGCUUUGGAAGGGAUAAAGGAUUUGAAAAUCGAGGCAGCAUCAUAG